AGAGGAAUGCGAGGAAUGUCGCUGUUUGUGUGGGACUCCAUUCAGCCGAUUGGCGAGUCCCGGACGCCUCAAGAGUAUAAAAGCAGCGCCGCUGCCUGCUGGAGACUCAGACCCAUCAUCGCUCUCCUUUUAAAAAGCAGAGAGAAAAGGGAGAGAAAGCGGCACUUUCCCCACCCGAAUCGAGCCGAUCGAAGGAAGAUCUGCCCUCGCCGGCUAGCGACAUUUAAAACCAAAAAAGGGAUCUCACUUGGACAAGGCUCCCAAAGCAGCCAGCAACUUUUACCCAUCUCCCUGUGCCGAAAAGUUGCGAGAAAAAGGAGGAUGGAAGCCCGCACCUUCGCCUGGGUUUUCCUCGCCGCUCUACUUAGCUGGGAAGCGGCCGGCCAAGAGUGCAGCGCGAAGUGCCAGUGCUCCUCCUUGCCCCCCGAGUGCCCUCCCGGGGUAAGCCUGGUCCUGGACGGCUGUGGGUGCUGCCGGGUUUGCGCCAAGCAGCUGGGCGACCUUUGCACCGAGCGGGAUCCCUGCGAUCCUCACAAAGGGCUCUUCUGCGACUUCGGCUCCCCGGACAACCGCAAGAUCGGAGUAUGCACCGCAAAAGAUGGUGCUCCAUGUAUAUUUGGAGGUAUGGUGUAUCGGAGUGGUGAGUCCUUCCAGAGUAGCUGCAAAUACCAGUGCACCUGCCUGGAUGGAGCUGUAGGCUGCGUGCCUCUCUGCAGCAUGGAUGUCCGUCUGCCCAGUCCUGAUUGCCCAUACCCACGCAGAGUGAAGCUCCCAGGAAAAUGCUGUGAGGAAUGGGUGUGUGAUGAACCCAAGGACAAAGACCGCACUGCAGUUGGACCUGCUCUUGCCGCUUACAGACUAGAAGAUACCUAUGGACCUGACCCAUCCCUGAUGCGUGCAAAUUGUUUGGUCCAGACCACUGAAUGGAGUGCCUGCUCAAAAACCUGUGGAAUGGGAAUCUCGACCAGAGUCACCAAUGACAAUGCCCACUGCAGGCUGGAGAAGCAAAGCCGACUUUGCAUGGUGAGACCAUGCAAAGCAGAUCUUGAGGAGAGCAUCAAGAAAGGUAAAAAAUGCAUCCGCACACCGAAGAUCUCUAAGCCUAUCCAAUUUGAGCUGUCUGGCUGUACCAGUGUAAAGACCUACCGAGCCAAAUUUUGUGGUGUCUGCACUGAUGGGCGUUGUUGCACCCCCCACAGAACAGCCACUCUCCCUGUGGAAUUCAAAUGCCCUGAUGGUGAAGUCAUCAAGAAGAGCAUGAUGUUUAUCAAGACUUGUGCCUGCCACUAUAACUGUCCAGGAGACAAUGAUAUCUUUGAAUCAGUCUACUACCGGAAGAUGUAUGGAGACAUGGCAUAAAGCCCCAAGAGAGAUUUUUUUUUGAACUGGACUCUCGACUUGAACUGAUAAUGACAUCUCAUUUUGUUAAACGUGAUUCUAUAGCACAAGUGAUUUAAAUGUCUGAUUUUUAUUUUUAUUUUUAAAUGACAAAAUUGUUCCACCUGGCCUUAAGGUCAAAUUAUCUACUGACCCCAAACGUUGGUUUGAAGGAAGAAUAAUAUGAAUAUAAUGUUGAUGAUGAUAAUGAUGAUGAAGAAUAGUGAGAGGUGUCACUUAAUUUGUGUCUUAGAGUAUAUUUGGGGAGAGGGAUGAAUAGAGAUUAAUUAAGGGACAUAGGCAGUCUUGAGAAACAUUUUCAAAAAUGUGGUGGCAUGUGUCCUCGUUAAUUGUGCAAUCAAAAAAAAAAAAAAGACCCCUUAGCAAAGUUAUUGGCACUGGUUUUUGUGACAGUAACAGCUGGACUGGACAUUUUUAUCCAGCAGGUGCUAAGUAAUUAUGUUAUUUGAAAAUGGCAAUAAUUCUGCCUUUGAAACGCUGAUUCAGAGGAUUUGUUCAAAAAGAAUCAGAAUUUGACUGGACAGCUUGUGGCAAUCGUUUGCUUGUCACGGGCAACAUUUUUCUUUUAAAAAAAGAUAGUGUAAUAGUGUAAAUACUGUAUAUGUUUAUGUGUAUGUAUGUUUAUGCGUGUUUGUAUGUGUGUGUGUAUAUAUUAUUGUACAGUUAUCUAACUUAAUUUAAAGUUGUGUUGCCUUUUUUGUUAAUGCUUUGAUACAUCAGUGUUAGCCUCUCUCUUUUUUUAUGGUUCAAAGCUUGUCUGAUCCACUGCAUUCAUUCAGCUCAUAAAAUAGAGUCUGUAAUGGUAGUUUUGUUGAACUAGUAGGGGAAAAAAUUAAAUGAACUGGUGCUUUGAUGAAGAAGAUACACCAGUAUCCUAUCCAAUCAUUUCACCAAACUAAUGACAAAGGGAGGAAAGUACAUUUCUCUCUUUCUGAAUUAGUAUUCCCUGAAACAAAAUGAGUGCUCUCACACCUUUCCACCUGGGAACAGUUUGUUACUUAUUGAGAAGUGUGACCAAAAGUUACAUGUUUGCACCUUUUUAGAAGAAAAAAAAAAUAAAGUAUUUUAUUUUUUUAUAUAAA